AUGAGUAGUGCAUUACGUCUAUACAUGUAUUGCGAUAUCUCCUGUAUCCAACUAACUGAAGUAAGAGGUGGCUUGAUGCAGCACAGUCAGUUGAGAAAUGUCAUAGACGAGCGAUUCAGCUGGGUUCCAGGUGAGUCUUUUCGUCAAAACCAAAUUGGUACGCGAAUGAAUGCGACUAGUAUCGGCUCUAAGAAACAAGUGGACGCGAGAUGGACCAAGCGGUUAGAGCGCGAAUUUACUGACCGGAAGGUCCGUGGUUCGAACCCGACCUCUGCCUCUCGACUUCCCCCGUCUAGGUUUGGGCAACUUGGCAGUAUCCGAGCACUCAUGCUUCCUUCUGGUAACAUGGCAGCUAGGCGCCGAAUGGGUGUUACAGCUGAACCUAAAAAACACGGUGUAAAGUGGGGAGUGUUACCUGUUUCAGAUAAUACACCUCAGACCAGUACUCAGUUUUGCGGUCCAGCGAAUGCGAUGAGAAGUGUUCGCGAGUCCUUUGCUUCCCACUUCCCACACAUAAUAAUAAUGGAAAAUAGAACAAACGUUCAUCUGGAACACCCUUCCGGUGCCAAGCUGUCAAACGACCGCGAAAUACACUCAUAUGCAAACAAACCUGUAGUGAAUUACGAAUAUACAUGUAACGCGAUAUCUCAAAUAUCGCAGCGACUGAAAAAUGAGGCGGCCUGGUGCAGAACACUGAGUUGGCUGGAGACAUCACAAACGAGAGAUUCAGCUGGGUUCCAGACGAACCCAGAUUUUUCGCACCUUGUGAUUCGGGUGUUUGGUGAUCCUAACGCAAGGACUCGUGAUAUCCACGAUAUGGAAGAUGUGCUUACUCAUAAGAUUGAAUGUGUUUUACUGGACUGGAUUUCAGCAAACGGUGAUUCUGGCGCUAUUUGGUUCACUACUUCAAUUAAGAUCAACGCACGUGUGUUUGGUUAG